AUGGUUUUGGUACCUUACAACAGCCCAGUGGACCCGGUCCUCUACCCAUUCCUUGCCUUCUUGUUCUGUGUCGUUGGUUUGACAUUCUUUGCUUCAUUCAUUGUUUCACAGCUCCAGGCAAAGUCAUCAACGAGGAACAUUGUUAAUGAGUCAAUUCACGCAUUGGUCGCCUCUGGUAUAUUGGGAUUGGGCAUAUUCUUUGUGAUGCUGGCAGGUGGCAUCUACCUC